AUGGCGACUUCACACCCGGCUCCCAUGGUUUCGGAGGCCAUAGACGGGGACCCCACUGCAACCGAAGUCGCAACCUCAUGUCUCGACUUCCUUCUCAUAGAGCUAGUACCGAUGGCAUACCGGAUAACCGCCGAUCUGGCGGCCAAAGAGCAAGAGUACUUGAACGGGCCUGGGACAACGAAAGCGUCCCAGCAAAAUGCGGAGAAGAAGGACGUAGAUAAUGAUGCAAGUAGUACAAUAGCAGGUGGUGGAGGGCUAAGAGGAGGUGGGACAGCUACGGUUGUAGAUGAGGAAGAGGCAAGGGAGGCGGUGUUCCACAGGCUGGAGGCGCUGGGGUACAGAGUUGGAUUAGGUGUUGUCGAACGAGUCUCAAGAACCCACCCCCGACCCACCUCUCCCCUCGCAACCAUCAAAUUCCUCUGCAAAGACCUCUGGACCCUCCUCUUCCGCAAACAAAUCGACAACCUCAAGACCAAUCACCGCGGCAUCUACGUCCUCACAGACAAUACCUUCAAGCCUCUAACCCGCAUGUCCUUCGAUACCAUCAAGCACGCGCCAACGGCCCACGCGACCGCCACCACCACCCUUUCCGACCGCAUAAACGCUGCAGGGGAGAAGGGUGUAGAAUACGGGGAUAUGGCGGCGUUCGGAGGCGACGCAAAUUCUAUCAGCAGGGCACAGCCUUUUUGUAUUUUCCGGCGGGCGUGGUGA